UAUGAACUAAGUGCAAAAAAGUGGCAGAAAAAUGUGGCCAGUGUUUUGAACGUGGAACAUUUUUGAAAAUGGUCAGGUGGUUGUGGCUGGCGACUCUGUUCUGCGGGUCGCAGGCGGCAGUGCUGCCGCCGCCGUGGGCGGACGUGAGGAAGAACCCUUGUGCGUCGCAUCCGAGGGGCUGGCUGAUGCUGUACUGGCCGACGGAUGGGAAAUGCUACACGAUUUAUAAGAAAGGCCACCCCUGUCCAGACACGCAAGAGUUAAGCCCUGGACGAUGGGGAGGGCGCACCAUCGCCGAGUGCAAGUGCCCCCCCGGCACUGCACAGUUGCCCCUCUCUACUACCUGUUACCGGCUCUUCGAGAGGGGGCCUUGCCGACCGGGAGAAUACUUUGCUCCAGUGGAGGAAUCCUUUAAUAAGAGAGGCGAACGGCAAGGCAUGUGCUUGCGUCCGCAACAAUGUGCCGACGAGACCUUACUGCACUGGCCGGCUGACGGGCGCUGCUAUUACAGGCUGAGUCAGGGCCCAUGCUACCCGGGCUCCAUACUCGACGUGGGCAGCGACGGCGUCGCUAACUGCACGUGUGCGUCGGACGGUCCCCACUACUGGGCUGGAGACGGAGGCUGCUACGCGCACUACUCGCGGGGCCCCUGUGAGCGCGGGCAGCUGUUUCUGCCCGGCGGCCGGUGCGGCUGCGACGAUCACUUGCCGCACUACCACAAAGGGACCGGCAUGUGCUAUGAGCUAGACACAAUCGGUCCCUGCCCCAAAGGUCACGUCUUCUCCAUCUCCGAGGUCUCUCCGCAAGGCUCUAAAGCGGAGUGUCAGUGCAAGGCCUUCCAUGCGCGGGCUUCAGACGGGGCGUGCUACAGGCUCUACACUAGAGGGCCUUGCGCCAAUGAUGAGAUGAUUGCGAGGGGCGGAAGGUGUACUAAAGUGCCGUGCGCACGCGGGCGGCUGUACGUGCCGGAGCGGCGCCGCUGCUACCGGCCCGGCGCGCCCGAGCCGUGCCCCGCCGGCGAGGUGGUCGCGUUCGACUUCGACGCGCGCCCCGCGCUCGACGGGCUCAGCCACAACGGCGUGUGCGCGUGUGGCGGCGGCAACUGCGCCAGGCGGGAGGUGGACGCCUGUGAGACGCGGAGAGGCGCCGCGAUUUACGGUGGCGCGUGCCACAUGCUGCAGACCCAAGGUCCGUGUCCGCAGAAUUCGUGGCUAGUGCGUGACAGGCUCGUCACGUGCCGCUGCCGGCCCGGACACGUGCCGCCUGACUGCCGGCCCGACACCAGGCUGGCAGUCAAGAGCUGACGCACGAUGUGAUUUGAGCAGGACU